UUUGAGAGAAAGAAACCCCAACACCGGGGAGGGGGCCAAGCUGCAUCAGCACACGUCGGCGGCGUCGAACAAGGGGAAAGGCUGCAGAUGGGGCUGAAGAAGGGCACAAGGGGUGCAACGAAAAGAGAGGACCCCCACCACUGAGGCUGUGUUGGUGGGGGAAUUGUAAGGGAACGAAGGAUAAAAAAGGAGGUGGUUGUUGGUGAAAGUGUAUAUUUUGGGGGAAGCGGUGUUGUCAGCGGAAGAAUUGGUCGAUCGGUCUGGGGCAGUGGAUAAGAGGAAGAAAUGAGGAGAAUGGUGGAGGAGGAAUGGAAAAAAUGGGGGAAGUGUUGGGGGGAGCGGAUGAAGAAAGAAGUACUACUUGUGUGCUGUUGUGGGGCGAAAUGGUUGGGGGUAAGGGAAGGGCUAGUAGUAGGAAAAUGGGUGGGUGGGGCUGGAAAGGAUUGGUGUGUGGCUGUUUUGUGGGUCGGUGUUGGGCGGUUGGGAAAGUGGUGGUGACGGAUGGUCGGAGGACACUGAAGACGGAGAGAAUUGUUGGAGGAAGAGCAAAAAGAGAUGACGGGAAAACACAAGCAGGAAGCGCAUGCGAGCGUAACGAUUGAGGAAGAGUAAAGGGGUUAAUAUAUAGGGACAGUUGUAAAAAAAGGGGUCGACUGGGGUAAGGACGAUUGCCGGAUGGCAGACAAACAAACAAACACGAUCAAUUUAGAAAAAAGGAAAAGCUAAGGGAUGUGUAAAAAGACCGAAAUGGACAUUAGCUGUUGGAUAUCUGAGACUUCAUUUGUUGGGUAAAAAAGAAAGACGACUUUUGCAAAAAGGCGUAGUAGACUUGUAUUUUAGUGUUAGUUUUGGUCCUGUUGUUUUCCUAUGAAUGGGUGGGGAAAUUUGUGUAAAAAAGGGGGGAAGGCUGGCGGGACUUCUCUGUGAAGGGUUGAUGGGUUAGAGAUAUAUUGAGGGGGGUGCAGAAAGAGUGAGAAGGUGGUAGCGCGUCAUACGGCUGGAAAGGGGUGAUGACGGAGAAAGUUAGUGGUAAGGGUAGGGGGAGAGUUUGCAGAAUAAAAAGGAG